AUGGCGUCCAAGUCCCCGGUUUCUGCCGCAUCCCAGCCCAAGGGCUCCUCCGCACCCGAGACCCCAGGCGCAGUCCCGACAUCUCCGCGUACAGUGCCUUUCCCGUCUCCACAGACCUUUGAUUUCCUUCCUCCGUUGCACGCUCUGCUGCUUCGACUGCUGGCGUCAGCCCAGGUGACCAACCAAGCGGCGGCAACAGCUUCCACAGCAGCUCCCGAAGCAGCAGGCGACGCGUCGGGCGCUGGCCCGUCCGCUGCAGCAGCAUCGUCGGGUCCUUCAACCACGCCCAGCCAAGCUCAGCAGCAACAAAGCCAACAGGCGCAACCGCAACAGCAGCCAGAUGCGAAAGCGUCGCAGCAACCCGCUCCUUCAACGACCGUUCCCACGACGUCAUCCGCUACGGCAGACACCUCUCUGCUGGGUCCCAAUGCGCCUCCUCCCCUAGACGUCAAGGACCUCCCCACGGCCGCCAGUGCCAUCAAGAUCCGCAUCCAAAAGGCGCGCGCCGUCAUCGAGGGCCUCCCUGACGUGUCGCGGACCGUCGAGGAACAGCAGCAGGAAAUCGAUGAGUUACAGGACCGCAUUGGACGGCUGAGAGCGGUUAUUGCGGAGUUUGGGCGAAGGGCUGGAAUGGACCAGACCGACAAGAUGGAGACAGGACCUUGA